AUGCGAUUGCGCUUCAGGGAGCUUUGCCACGAGUUGAAAAAGAAUGCCGAAUCUGUCAAGAUUGAUGAGGUGCGAUUGGCAGCUGAUCUCGAAAAGAAAGCCGUCGAUGGUUUCGUACUGCGUGAAGGCGAUGAACCGGCGGCGAUUCUUCUAUUUUACUAUGCGUACUCUACAUGGGAAGGACAAUAUAUCCAUAUGGAGGAUAUCUACGUGCGUCCACAAUUUCGUCGUAAAGGCUACGGUCGACUGCUAUGGCGAGAAUUGGGAGUGUUGGCCAAGGAGCUGCAUAUGGAAACGUUGUCAUGUAUGGUAGCAAAAUCAAUUGACAAGCGGUUUUGCAUGCACAGUCGCAGCAAGCUCUUUACCGGUAGCUUCCGCGUCUAUGGAAGUGAACUCGACUCCUAA